AACAACCGGUCACGAGACAACGAAGUGUAUAUAUCCAUGAAAAUCGAAUUGAAAUAACAAACUCCCGGGAGUAUGAGAAGCAGUGUGUAGUGAAAGGGAGCGACAUGAGAGCGGUAGAAAAAGAUUUUUCGAUAGAAUUACGUCAAUAGAAUUGAUUUUUAAUGGAUUCGAACGUGGCUGGAAAUGAUUUCAGUUUGAAAGCUGAUAGCAGUGGUAAAGAAGUGCCCAUAACAUGCUCCCGCUAGCAGUGUGAAGUGAAACGAAAAAAGAUAAAUUUUUAUGUAGUUGGAUAGGCCGGUGUUUGUGCUUGUAUGGCAAUCAAAAAUUUAUCAGUUGAAAUACAGUUACAAAUUUGUGUUCCUUUACCGGUGACACAGCCGGUCGACUGGAGGCGUCGGAGCUGUACCAAUCAGACAAAAUACGGCCAAUGCUUUCAGCGGUGGAAAACCUAGGAUCCGGCCGGGUUUAUCCCCAUCCGUUUCCGGGUACCGCGGCACCUUCGCUGCUAGGUCAGCUCCCACUGUCGGCAGCCGGCCUACCGUUGCUGGGUCCAAAUAUGGUCGAUAUGUCGGUAGCUGAGUUUGCCCGACCCCAUCCGAAACAGCAGAGGUACACCGAAACACCCCGAAACGGAUUGCUGUCAUCAACUAGAGCAAAAUACUCAGAUCCACCACAAUCGCCACAAAGUGGUCCAGUGAAUUUAGCUGUCAGUCCUAACCUGCCAAAUCCUCACAGCGCACAGUCGCUAAGUGCUGCUAAGAUAAACCAUUACAACCAUGAGUUUCACGAGCGUACACUGCAAGCUCAGACACGCGUUCAACAACAGCUUCAGCAACAGCAACUUCAACAACAACAACUUCAACAGCAACAGCAACACCUUCAACAACAGCAGCAGCAUCAUCAUCAGCAGCAACAACAGCAUCGGCAUCAAGAGCAGCAAAAGGAAGCCGCGGUAGCCGCUGCUGCAGCUGCUGCUGCCGCGGCUGAUAUUGGGAAGCUGUACUCUCCUACCAACCCUCGUUUGGCUUUUUUCCCUAGUCCUUUAGAUGCCAACUCGUUCCCAGGACUAAAUUAUGGACUUUAUCCAUUUGGAUACUCUUCCGCACAUUUGGACGCACGAAUAUUGGGACGACCAACGUACUUGCCAGGGCAGCGUGAAGCAUAUACUCCAUCGUCUUUUCUUGCACCAAGCACGUUCAGUUCGUCCGAAAGCAAAGCCAAAAUCUGUCCACCAGCCUCCUUAACUCAUUUGAACAGCCACAGCGGCUUAAAACCUACCUCUCUUCCACAAUUACCUCAGGACAAACUGCUCUCUGACGAGAGAAGUCCCAAAAUGCCGCCAUCUCCUUCGUCUUCUGCUUUGAUUGGUGCUUACGCAGACCGAGAGCUUGGCUACCUGAAUGGGCUGACGAGUGCCCCAGAACACUCACUGCAUAGCAAGUAUCACAACAGCCAUCCAGCACCACCCGAGAAGGAAAACAAAUAUGAGCACAAAUCACUGCAGCAGCAUUCUAGUCACCCUCAACACCAUCAUCCGAUUCCUGGUUCGGUAUCAGGAUCGUCUUCCCAUGGACAUCAUUCGUAUCCUCCACCAAUUUCAUCGUCUGCGGCAUUUGUAUCCACUUCUACGACAUUACCAUCUACUCUAUCGUCUUCCAGUCAACGCCACCACUCAAUGCCACACCCAUCAUCUCUGUCUCACCAUCAUAAUCAUCAACAUCCUCAUCAUCUCACGGAUGGACUUCGUCUUGAACAACUGUCUCAUGAUAACGAAUUCAAGGUUCCGUCCGGCAAAGAGGGUUCUCUCAAGCAUCGCAUUCUUACACGUCCGCCCAGUGAACGCGAUGCAAAGCGAAGAUCUCCGACAACGAAAUCUACAACUAUUUUUAGACCAUUUGAGAAUGGAUCAACGACUAAUUUCACCAAGGGUGCGCUGAUCCAGCUAGCGGGCGAGUGCAAACGAGUGGAAGAUGUUCGAACGGAAGACUUAGUACAAACGGCCGAAAGGUCAGCUGACCUGCGGUUGGCCGAAUCGACAACAGUUAAAAUUACUCCACGUAACAACAAUGUGAUAAUUACUUUCAGCUACGACGACAACAGAUCUAGAAUCGAUAUCGAAGCAGCUAAUGAGCAUCCAUUCUUCGUGUACGGACAAGGCUGGGCCUCGUGUAGUCCGGAGAAAUCUAUGCAAGAAUUUGGUCUCAAGUGCCAAAAACUACAAGUCGGCGACAUUUGUCUCUCUCUAAUUCCACGCGAAAAGAUCAAAACGAGUCAUUCCUCUUCCUCGUCGAACUCAGCGUAUUUGGCACCACACAUCGGCCAGUAUUUACCAUCGACGCAGCAGCUACAUCAUCACGAUAUCAACGGUAAUCAAACAUCUCUACAUCACCAACCUCCAUAUCAUCCAGGGGAUACCCUAAGGUUGGCUAGAGAUAGAGGGGAUCCCAACAAUGGUCAACAACAGAAGCAGCAGCAAUAUCUACCUCAAAAUCUUUCGCGAAAAUCAUCUCACCAGCCUUUGCAAAUUCCAGUUUCGGCGCCGACAACGAGCGUUUCUUCCCGUCCAUCUGGAGCACCCCCCUACAGUAGUUUUCCGUCCGUGCCAGUCUUUUCAAUGCCAUUUUCCGCGGCAAAUUUGAGUAAACCACAUGAACCAACUCACUACCCGCCAAAACCCACCCUUGAUCAACCAGUUCAAAGUGCAAGAUCUGCAAAUAAUCAACUAAAUUUCCUUGAGCCCAAUGACCAUCCUGUUGCAAUGGUUAUUGAUAAGACAACCCAUUCGUCCUCCUCGUCAACCUCUGGCAUUAGUAGCACUCCGUACACAUCCUCUCCGAGCUCGCUGACGUCUUCAACUUAUUCCGCAGUAAGUCCAAAAGCGGGAAGUUGCAGUACUUCUUUACCGCCGAUGAAUUUGGUAAACGAUAACGAUGACGAUGGCGCGAUUGACGCGACUUCAUCGCGAAAACGCCGGUGGUCUGCACCAGACAUGUGCGAGGAAGGAGACAUUGAACAGGCAUCGGGUGGUGCGGUUCAUCCGCAACCAUUGAAAGUAUCGCAUAUUAUGAAUUGAUUAACAAAUAGUGCAUCUGCUAAAUUAGUUUGGUGAAUUUCUGUACAUUGUCCUGGUGCGCGUUGCACUUGGAAGAUAAGACUAAUCUGGAGUUAAGUCAGUGGAAAAUGAUUUGUUUCUAAUAGACUUAAAGCUGAAACAUCUCUUAAAUCAAUGUUGGAUAUCCCCGUUGUGCGUAUCAAGCUCACAUAGUUUUUCUACAUUGUUUUAUUUUAUGUUUUUCAAAUUGAAGUUAAAAAGUUCAUCAAUUACAAACAUUUAUGUUAUGCUCAACAUUACUCAACCAACAGGAUCAUUAGUAAAGGCACGUUUAUUUAUUUGAAGAACGUAUGGAAAAUAUGAGCAAAAUGCAACAAAUAUCUGAUAAGAACAAGAGGUCAAGGAUAUUCCCAGCGAUAACAAUAAAUGUUCACCUUGGAAAAUUUUGAGCUAAUCAUAUAUGUACAAACAUACGGUACAAAUUGUUGUCAUUACUCGUACUAUUACUUUAUAAAAAUUGCUCAAUUUCAACUGUAAUGGCGUAUUGACAUCCAUGAUAUAAAAACUCAUCGAUUAAUCAAAGACGAUCUCAACUAUCGGCCUAAAUUUCUUGCUGUUAGUUCAGAUCACUAAAAUGGUUGCUGAUUGGAAAUAGAAACGAUAUGCAAAAUAAAAACGAAACACGCACAAAAUCAUUCAUGGAGAGGAUAAGCUAGCCACUCAAUCUACACCUAGUGUAACAUGCGUUUUGACAAAUUCUUAAAGUAUAUCUAUAUCAGCAACAGGCAUAACAUUUUUACCAAUAGGUUUAUAUCAAUGUUCUAUGAGAUACAUUAUCCACUAAAGACACGUACAGUUAUAGCCAAUGUACUGAAUAAGCGAACUAUGUAAAAGCUUUGUGCCAGAAUUCUGUUGAGUUGAGUAACGAAGGAUGAAUCCAUCUUACAGACUAUCAAUUACAGUAACUUCAAACUUAGUAAAAACUAAAAUACAGUUGGUGUUCAUACAACAGCGAUACUACUGGCGGUACUAUUCAAUUCGAACGCUUCUAAAUUCAAUUACAAUUGACAAUGUACGACUAUUGAAGGUCCACUAAUUUGUUUCUAGAAUUAUUCGUACGCGUACAAAACAUUCAGGCGCCUCUUCCACUGCAUUGACGGAUGUAAAUAUUGGUGAUUUUAUUGGAUAGCUGAGAAAAAGGCUCACUUAUUAUAUAAAUGAUAGAUGUUUUCUAAAAACAUAAAAAGUGCGUUCAAAACACGUUAAAACAAAAGAAAAUAUAUAAUCGAAAAUGCUAUUGAUGUGAUUCAGAAACUGAAAAGUAUUGAUUGGAAUCAAAUCUAAUUUGUUGUUGAUGCAUAAAACAAUAAGCAACGCAGUGAAAAAAUGUAUAUGUACAUAAAAACAAAACUUUCCUAGACAAUUAGCUAAGCGGUAGGGUUAGGAUUUCAUUGGACUAUUUGCCAUGUUACGAAGUAGUUAGAUAUGUAUCAACUAGUACUGUGGCCACGCGUACACUAAAAGAGGUUUCAAAGACCAUCACGCGCAAAAUAAUUUUGCUUUACCGUUUUUUCAAAAAAAAAUCUGAGAUAAUGCAAACGACGUUAUCCCUGAUUGCACGUUGAAAGUUGCGCUAAAUACAAUGUAAAUCUACCAAUCACGGUGCACGAUACUCUACAUAAACUAGUGCACACUAACAGUGAAAUGAAAACAGGUGGUAAAGUUCUCGGGGCAUUUAACAAAUGAAACAAAAGAAAGGUUGAUACAAAUCUGAAUCAUAGAUGAUUAGCAGAAAAUCCUAUAUAUUUUUCUCCAAGCUGCAAAGUUAAACACGUGCCUUUCGAAAACAAAGUUUUUAUUUUUCACAAAGAGUAAACCGUUAGUACUUUGGUACAGUAUAAACCAAAUGCCUUUUUAUAUUACUGGAGGGUUGAAACGAUACAACUGGAUUUGGAAAUCUGGCUCACAAGCAGUUAUGAUGUCACAUUACCCACGUUUAGUAUUGCAGCAGAUGGACAGUAGAGGAAACGUAUCAGGUAGUGAAACAAGUAGGAAGCGGUACUCAACUUUUUAUAGUGAGUAGUUUGUUUUUUAACGCAAAAUAGAGCACAAACAUAAACCUGCAGUGUAUAGAAAUUUAAGCUACUGUUGUAAAUCAAUGUCAAUAAGGUUGGAAAACAAAUAAAUAUCUGAAUAAAUUGAA